AUGUCGGUCUCUCUCUCGCUCGUUACAGGUUCUCAGUCCCUUGGUCUCCGUAACCUCGAUCUCCUUCUACGGUUAGAGAAUCGAGUCAAUUACACCGCCGUUGAGGUUCGGAACGGAGAUUGCCGUCUCGACCAGGCUCUGGUACGCGAUAAGCAUAGGUCAAAUUUUGAAUUGCUGUGUAUCGAAACCUAG